GUUUCCAAAAGACCAAAACCAGCCAACCUGGGCAUAAAUCCCCUUCAUAAACCCCACUCCACAGUCACAUUCACAUUCACAUUCACAAACACCAAUCCUUAAACUGUAACCAUAACCAUAACCAUCACAUUCUCAGUUCUCACAACAUGGAAACUGCUGCUCAAGUUGGCUCAACGGCUCAGCCCAGCUCGGCUCUCACGCCGGUUCAUCCCUCCGCCUCCGCCGGCACUAUGGGAAGCCACCUGGCUCGGCGGCUCGUCGAGAUCGGCGUCAGGGAUGUCUUCUCCGUUCCCGGCGACUUCAAUUUGACCCUCCUUGACCACCUCAUCGCCGAGCCGCAGCUCAACCUCAUCGGCUGCUGCAACGAGCUUAACGCCGGUUACGCUGCCGACGGCUACGCACGUGCCAAAGGCGUUGGUGCGUGUGUGGUCACCUUCACCGUCGGUGGGCUCAGCGCCCUCAACGCCAUCGCCGGAGCUUACAGCGAGAACCUGCCGGUGAUUUGCAUAGUUGGGGGACCCAAUUCCAACGACUACGGCACCAACCGGGUCCUCCACCACACCAUCGGGUUACCCGAUUUCUCCCAAGAGCUACGUUGCUUUCAGGCCAUCACUUGUUUUCAGGCAGUGGUGAAUAACUUGGAUGAUGCUCACGAACUUAUUGAUACUGCAAUUUCUACUGCUUUGAAGGAAAGCAAACCUGUUUAUAUCAGCAUAAGUUGUAAUCUUCCUGGAAUUCCUCAUCCAACUUUUUCUAGAGACCCAGUUCCAUUUUUUCUUGCACCAAAGGUGAGCAAUCAAGAAGGAUUAGAAGCAGCAGUGGAAGCAACGGCUGCUUUUCUGAAUAAAGCUGUGAAGCCAGUCAUUGUGGGUGGGCCAAAAUUGAGGGUCGCGAAGGCACAAAAGGCCUUUGUUGAGUUUGCAGAAGCUAGUGGAUAUCCAGUAGCUGUUAUGCCCUCAGGGAAGGGACUUGUACCAGAGCAUCAUCCACACUUCAUUGGGACUUACUGGGGUGCUGUCAGUACUGGCUACUGUGGUGAGAUAGUGGAGUCAGCUGAUGCUUAUGUUUUUGUUGGUCCCAUCUUUAAUGACUAUAGCUCCGUUGGAUACUCAUUAUUGAUAAAGAAGGAAAAAGCCAUAAUAGUGCAGCCUAAUCGGGUGACCAUUGGCAAUGGUCCUUCCUUGGGCUGGGUUUUCAUGGCUGAUUUCCUAACUGCAUUGUCUAGGAAGGUGAAGAGAAACACCACAGCUGUGGAAAAUUACCGACGUAUCUAUGUUCCCCCAGGCAUUCCUCUGAAGCGAGGGGAUGAUGAACCUCUCCGAGUUAAUGUUCUAUUUAAGCACAUUCAGGAACUGCUAAGCAGAGAUACUGCUGUAAUAGCAGAAACUGGAGACUCAUGGUUCAACUGUCAGAAGCUCCGUCUGCCUGAAAAUUGCGGUUAUGAAUUCCAGAUGCAGUAUGGAUCUAUUGGUUGGUCAGUAGGUGCUACUCUUGGAUAUGCACAGGCUGCAACAGAUAAGCGUGUAAUUGCUUGCAUUGGUGAUGGCAGUUUUCAGGUGACAGCACAGGAUAUUUCAACAAUGAUCUGCUGUGGACAAAGGAGUAUCAUCUUUCUCAUUAAUAAUGGAGGUUAUACAAUUGAAGUUGAGAUUCAUGAUGGCCCAUACAAUGUGAUCAAGAAUUGGGACUACACUCGCUUUGUGGAAGCCAUCCAUAAUGGACACGGCAAAUGCUGGACUGCCAAGGUACGUACAGAGGAUGAUCUGACAGAAGCAAUUGCAACAGCUACUGGACCACAGAAAGAUUCACUAUGUUUUAUAGAAGCUUUUUUACACAAGGAUGACACCAGCAAAGAGUUGCUAGAAUGGGGAUCCCGUGUUGCUGCUGCUAAUAGCCGUCCUCCUAAUCCUCAAUAGGAAAUCCUUUCCUAAUCAUGGCACAAUUAUAAUUUGUCUGUUCAACUGGAGGACAUGUACAGAAGAAAUAUGACAAAAAUGGAAAAUUGAGUUAGAAUAAAUGCUGUCCUUUCCAGAUUUUCACUUUAUCCCAUGUAUUUUCUUCUGUUGUAAGCUUGAAUAAUUGUUGCUUUAUAAUGAGAUCCUGUUCGAUGGAAUUUUCAACCGAAUUAAUGAACAUAUAGCCAUUGUAUGUAAAUUUUUGUGCGUUAUAAGCCAAGGUUGAAUUUGAGCAUGACUAU